CAGCAAUAGCAUGACCUGAGGAGUGUGUUGGAAGUCUUUCACUAUGCUGAGUAUUUUCUUUCCAAAGGGUUAAAAAAAAUUAUUUGAAGUUUAUUGAAGUACCUCCAGAAUGGAAGGGAUAGGUGUUAAAGGACCUACAGGACAUUUUCAUGAUCAGGACGUAAUUUUUUUUUUAGAAAAUCAGAGGCAGUGACUCAAGUGUAGCCCCGAUAAUUCGUGAGGAACACAAAUAUCAGUUUCUAGUUAUGAAUGUAGAUUAACUACAUUCACUCAACUACUUCACUUAUUGGAAGUACAAAUCUGACAUUUACACAGUUCAAAUUUAAUUAACUGCACAUUUCAGAGGGAAAUGUUGUUCUUCCUUACUAGAUGAGGUAGGGUAUAGUAGCUACUUUAAGCUAGUUAGCCAACUAAACAUCAUGAAUGACCUUCCAACAGUAAAAUCUGUAUUUGUCAUAAAACAGAAUAGUAUGAUAUAAUAUUGUGAGAAUAUAACACUUCGAUGAGCCAUUCUGAGUACGUUCUUGCUGAUAAUUAUGGAACUUUUACAUGAAUUCAAUAUUUUUGCUUGUGAUGGCAGUAUUGUAGACUGUGUAUUUACUGUGUACUAUUUCCUCCACCACUGCCAGGCUCGACCUGAGGGGAGGCCGGCAGGUGAGACGGAUCUGGAGGAGCUGUUUCACCUCUCAGCUGUACAAAAAACAACACAACAGCAGAGGGAGCAGGGAGUCUGCCUUAUCCCACCAUCCUGUCACAGCAAUUACCAUCAGCCCUGGUCAUGUGACUGACAGACUCCUCUGGCGAGUUGCUCCCAUCUCCCACAGUCAUGGCGGUGUCGGGGAGUCGCGAAGAUGGAGUAAACAGCACCGCCGCCACAUCUUGAUUUCGUUUCUUAGCUUCAUGCUGGACUGUACCCGCUGUCAUCCGAGAUUUCACAAACACCCCGCAGGCUGCUGUGCUCCCAACGAUGGCCGACCGCGGCGUUGAUCUGUCGGCUCUGCCUAAAGAGGUCAGGGACCAGCUGGCGGAGUUGGAUCUGGAGCUAUCCGAAGGAGACAUCACACAGAAGGGCUACGAGAAGAAAAGGACCAAACUCCUGGCCCCCUACAUCAUCCAUACUCCAGUGGAGCCGCCCCGUCAAAAUGAUGUGCUGCCUCCUGCUCCAAGCUCGUCUUCCAGCCAGGCCGCUCCCCCCUCCAGCUCGUCCCGUUACCGCGAACGUCGCUCCCGCAGAACACAUCGCAGUGGAGGAACCAGGGAUGACCGCUACAGAUCAGAUAUCCACACUGAGGCAGUACAAGCUGCAUUGGCUAAACAUAAAGAGGAGAAGAUGGCACUCCCAAUGCCUACCAAGCGACGCUCCACAUAUGUGCAAUCUCCCAUUGAAACGCGCACACCACCAGACUCCUCAUCAGGCUCUGAUGAUGACACAUCGCAGGUGCGCAGGCAGUCAUCAGUGGUCGUUCCUCCGCCUCAGGUCCAUCCCAACCUGCAGAGCCCAGACUCUUGGAUCAACCGCACAGUCCAGGGCUCCUCCACCUCGUCCUCGGCCUCCUCCACCCUGUCCCACGGUGAGGCCAAGCCGCAGCCUCAGAGCCAGCCACAGCCUCAGCCUCAGCCUCAGCCUCAGUACAAGCCUCAGUACCAACCUCAGUACCAGCCUCACUACCAACCACAGUACCAGCCUCAGCACCACCAUCAGCCUGAGCGACCACACACUGCAGCUGUGACGAACAUGCUGGCUCAAAGUCGCAUAGCCCCUGCAGAGAACAACACCCCCCCUCCAGAUGUGACAGCUGUGGCCCCUCCAUCGAGGGGCCCACGGGUCGACCUACCCUCCAACGCCAUAGUCCGAGGGAUGAGUCGCGGGCAGAGCCGCUCGAGUAUGAUGGAGACUGCAGACGGAGUUCCUGUAAACAGCAGAGUGUCCACGAAGAUCCAGCAGCUGCUCAACACCCUGAAGAGGCCAAAGAGGCCCCCGCUCAGCGAGUUCUUCACCGACGACGCAGAGGAGAUUGUGGAAGUGCCCCAGCCAGACCCUAACACACCGAAGCCCGAGGGCCGUCAGAUCAUCCCAGUUAAAGGAGAGCCUUUGGGAGUGGUCAGUAACUGGCCCCCAGCCCUGCAGGCAGCGCUAGCCCGUUGGGGGGCCACUCAGGGCAAGAGCCCCGCUCUCACUGCUCUUGACAUCACGGGCAAACCGCUGUAUACACUGACUUACGGGAAGCUGUGGAGCCGCAGUGUGAAGCUGGCGUACACCCUCCUCAACAAGCUGGGCACCAAGAAUGAGCAAAUCCUCAAACCUGGAGACCGGGUGGCGUUGGUGUACCCCAACAGUGACCCUGGGAUGUUCUGGGUGGCCUUCUACGGCUGCCUCCUGGCUGAAGUUAUACCUGUACCUAUUGAAGUACCGCUGUCACGCAAGGAUGCAGGUAUCAGCCAGGUGGGGUUUCUGCUCGGCAGCUGUGGUGUCGGUCUGGCUCUGACCAGUGAGAUCUGUCUGAAGGGUUUGCCCAAGACGCCCACUGGGGAAAUAAUGCAAUUUAAAGGCUGGCCUCGACUAAAGUGGGUGGUGACUGAUUCAAAAUACCUGACCAAGCCUUCCAAAGACUGGCAGCCACACAUCCCCACUGCCAAUACUGACCCUGCAUAUAUAGAGUACAAGGCCAGUAAAGACGGCACAGUGGUGGGUGUAGCUGUGUCUAAAGUAGCCAUGUUGACCCACUGCCAAGCACUGACCCAGGCCUGCAACUACUGUGAGGGGGAAACUUUAGUGAAUGUCUUGGACUUUAAAAAGGAUAUGGGCCUGUGGCAUGGAGUUCUCACAGCUGUGAUGAACAGGAUACACACUAUCAGUGUUCCCUAUGCCGUGAUGAAGGCUUGUCCUCUCUCUUGGGUCCAGAGGGUCCAUGUCAACAAAGCUCGUGUAGCUUUGGUGAAGUGCCGUGAUCUACACUGGGCCAUGAUGGCUCAUCGAGACCAGAGAGACACCAGUCUGGCUUCGUUACGUAUGCUAGUUGUUGCUGAUGGUGCUAACCCUUGGUCGGUGUCUUCUUGCGAUGCCUUCCUGAAUGUGUUUCAGUCCCAUGGGCUGAAACCUGAGGUUAUCUGUCCCUGUGCAACCUCCCCUGAGGCCAUGACAGUAGCUAUACGCAGACCGGGAGUCCCUGGCGCACCCCUCCCUGCCCGUGCCAUCCUGUCCAUGGGUGGUCUGAGCCAUGGUGUCAUCAGGGUCAACACCGAGGACAAGAACUCCGCCCUGACCGUACAAGACGUGGGCCAUGUCAUGCCAGGAGCUCUGAUGUGCAUUGUUAGGCCAGACGGGCCUCCUCAGUUGUGCAAAACUGAUGAGAUAGGAGAGAUAAUAGUAAACUCCCGCGCUGGAGGCAACAUGUACUAUGGCCUGCCUGGAGUCACCAAAAACACUUUUGAGGUGAUACCAGUUAAUGCUAAUGGAGUUCCCAUUGGAGAGAUUCCAUUUGUGCGGUCAGGACUCCUGGGAUUUGUUGGCCCAGGCAGCCUGAUCUUUGUAGUGGGGAAGAUAGAAGGUCUGUUGAUGGUCAGCGGGCGGAGACACAACGCUGAUGACCUGGUGGCAACCGCUCUUGCUGUGGAGCCAGUUAAGACUGUGUAUCGCGGAAGGAUUGCUGUGUUUUCAGUCACAGUUUUUUAUGAUGAGAGGGUUGUGAUUGUGGCGGAGCAAAGGCCAGAUGCCAGCGAGGAGGACAGCUUCCAGUGGAUGAGCCGGGUGCUUCAGGCUAUUGACAGCAUCCAUCAGGUGGGCCUCUACUGUCUGGCUCUGGUCCCAGCCAACACCUUACCUAAAACACCCCUUGGAGGGAUCCACAUCUCUGACACCAAGCAGUUCUUCUUAGAUGGCAACCUGCACCCCUGCAACAUCCUAAUGUGUCCCCAUACAUGUGUCACCAACCUGCCCAAGCCCCGCCAGAAGCAGCCAGUCGGUGUAGGCCCUGCAUCCGUCAUGGUGGGUAACCUGGUGGCAGGGAAGAGGAUCGCCCAGGCUGCAGGCAGGGACCUCGGCAUGAUCGAUGACCAGGAUCUUGUCCGGAAGCAUCAGUAUUUGACAGAGGCUCUACACUGGAGAGCGCAGACAGACCCGGACCAUGUCCUGUUUGUUCUUCUUAAUGCCAAGGGUGUAGCAGUGAGCACAGCCACCUGCGUGCAGCUUCACAAGCGGGCGGAGAAGAUAGCUGCAGCGCUCACGGAGAAAGGCAGCAUCAACACUGGAGAGAACGUUGUACUUCUUUAUCCGCCAAGCAUUGAUUUGAUAGCUGCCUUCUACGGCUGUCUAUACGCUGGAUGCGUUCCCGUAAAUGUCAGACCUCCACACCCUCAGAACCUGGCUGCCACACUGCCAACUGUCCGCAUGAUUAUUGAUGUCAGUAAAGCUGCAUGUAUCCUAACUACUCAACAUCUCAUGAGGACUCUGCGCUCCAAAGAGGCUGCUGCCUCUGUUAACAUUAAAACGUGGCCAACAAUCAUUGACACAGAUGACCUUCCCCGCCGCCGGCCUCCGCAGAUCUAUAAGCCGCCCACAGCUGAGAUGAUUGCUUAUCUGGAUUUCAGUGUGUCGACUACCGGCAUGCUCACUGGGGUUAAGAUCUCUCAUGCAGCUGUCAGUGCACUUUGUCGUUCCAUAAAGCUGCAGUGUGAACUGUACUCCUCUCGCCAAAUAGCCAUCUGCCUGGAUCCUUACUGCGGUCUGGGCUUUGUCCUAUGGUGCCUCGCCAGCGUUUACUCAGGUCACCAGUCCAUCCUGAUUCCUCCCUUCGAGUUGGAGAGUUGCUUGUCGCUGUGGCUGAGCACGCUCAGUCAGUACCGUAUCAGAGACACCUUCUGCUCCUACUCUGUCAUGGAGCUCUGCACUAAAGGACUCGGUACUCAGACUGAGUUACUAAAGGCCCGUGGUGUGAAUCUGUCGUGUGUGCGGAGCUGCGUGGUGAUAGCAGAGGAACGCCCUCGCCUCGCGCUCACACACUCCUUCUCAAAGCUGUUCAAGGACGUUGGGCUGUCGUCCAGAGCCGUCAGCACUGCUUUUGGUUCCAGGGUUAACCUGGCCAUCUGCCUGCAGGGCACCACUGGUCCUGAUCCCUGUACAGUUUAUGUGGACAUGAAGUCCCUCCGACAUGACAGAGUGAGGCUGGUGGAGAGAGGAGCACCUCAGAGUCUUCCACUUAUGGAGUCUGGAAAAAUACUGCCUGGUGUUCGGGUGAUAAUCGUAAAUCCAGAGACCAGAGGUCCGCUGGGUGAUUCUCAUCUUGGAGAGAUCUGGGUGAACAGCCCUCACAGUGCCAGUGGCUACUACACCAUCUACGGAGAGGAGAGUCUUCAGGCCAAUCACUUUAACACCAAGCUCAGCUUUGGAGACCCACAGACCUUAUGGGCCAGGACAGGAUACUUGGGAUUUGUGAAGAGGACUGAGCUGCUGGAUGCAAGUGGGGAUCGGCAUGACGCUCUCUUUGUGGUUGGCUCACUGGAUGAGACCUUGGAGCUAAGAGGGCUGCGCUACCACCCAAUCGACAUUGAAACUUCAGUGUCCCGGGCUCACCGCAGUAUUGCUGAGAGUGCUGUGUUUACAUGGACAAACCUACUAGUUGUGGUGUCGGAGCUGUGUGGUUCAGAGCAGGACGCGCUCGACCUGGUGCCUCUGAUAACCAACGUGGUCCUGGAGGAGCACCACCUCAUCGUGGGUGUGGUUGUUAUUGUGGACCCCGGGGUAAUACCCAUCAACUCCAGGGGAGAGAAGCAACGCAUGCACCUUCGCGACUCAUUCCUCGCCGACCAGCUGGAUCCCAUCUAUGUCGCUUACAACAUGUGAGGGGUCGCCAUGGUGGUUCUGGGCCUCGUUCAUCCAUCAUCCACAGUCUACGGUCCCGACAGAUGGUUAAAAGCAUGAACCACAUGUACUGCUACCCAGCCCUGUGUGACACCAGCAUAUCUUGGCCACUGCAUGUCUGUGAUUGGACCCGCCAUGUGUGGAGUUGUUCACUGUGUUUUAUAGAUUUUUUUCAAAUGGGACAGAAGCAACAUGUACUUCUGAUGGCAAAGAGGGGAAAAAGCCCCAGUUGCACUUUUUCGAGGAAGGGGCGAGAUGACACAUACAACAGGACCACUUUGAGUUUAAUUCUGUAUUAAUGUCUUUGUGAAAAUGUAACUUCUUAUACUAUACAUACCUACCACACAAACCUCUUAACAACACUUUCCCUUGUGUCUUGACACAGAUUCCAAGAGCUACUAAUCUUAGAUCAACAACUUGAAAUGUUUUUACAUGCAGCUUUCAAACAAACGCACACAAAUGCACGUUCUGAGUCAUUUCUCACUGACAUAAAUAAAAGAGGGCAGAAGAAAGCAGACCAUUACCCGAGUAGCCAGUCUGUGUGCAUUAUUUAGAAAACUUAUUUUGUCCCAUAACGAUGACGCCAAAUAGUUUUUCUUAACUUUCCUGCCCUGAUAUAUUUCCUGCCUUAUAAAAUUUCAGCCAUACAUUCCUAUCUUAAUUUUUAAUGACUCUAUAAUUAAUGGCUGUUUAUUCUCCUUUGGUUUUGAUGAGUAGUGCAAAUCCUGACAGAUAUCCAAAGGGAUCAAAAUAAAAGAGGAAAGAGGCCAUAUUCUCUACUGUACCUAUAAAGGCCUGUUGUAUUUUAGAUACUGUAUGUUACUGUAUAGAUAUUUUUAACUGUAUAAAUGUAUAAAUGCUUGACAUGUCUCUCUCAGUUGAUGGUUUAUGGAUAAUUAACCCUUCUGGGAGUUGAUAACAGUAGCAGAAAGUGGAGUGUAAAUAAGAUUUAACAGUUUUGACUUUUGAAGUGGAAUAUUAGCUAUAUAACGGAGGGUAAUGGUGAAUAACUUUAAAGCAUUGUUAGUCAGGACAGAUAUAACAUUGCACUUUCUCAAAAAUGGUCUAUUUUAUUAUAACAAUGAGGCAUUAUAACUAAUGGUUCAGGAGCAUAUAUUAUACUGAGGAUUCUUGCUUUUAUGAGCUUUGAGAGUUUACUAGGAGGGCUAUCACUGUUAAUGCCGGGGACAUUUCCUGUCGGUCCAAUGAAAAAACAAAAAUAAAAAAAAAACAGCUUGUGUGAGAAGGUUAGAAUCGUGACUGUUUUCAGGCUACCAGGUUGUAAAAACAUGAAAGAAAGGUCCAUAACUUUUCAUCUUAUAUCCAUCACUGUUGUACUUUGUAUUGCUAACAGUCAAACCCCCUCUCAGUUUUGUAUUGCAUAAUAGAACAAGUGUUCUCUCUCCUUUCCCACUCAAAGUUCACUUGAACUGUGUUUUGUCUUUGUGUAACUUUGUAAAGAAUUACAUUGAGCUCCAACAGAAUUGCUGUUGGGACUGUAGUCAAUAGAGGCAAGACCUCAUGUAUCUGGAUUGUUUUCUGUGUUCAGUCACUGGAUUUAUAAGCACUUGUGAAUGCAGUUGCAAAGCUGAGCCACAUUUGAAACAUUCUCAAUUGGCAAGUAAAGUAAUUGUAUGGAAGAAAAAAAAUUGCAUCAAGAUGUAUUUGGUUUCCUGAUAUGUUGUGCAUUCCUUGUUCUCCUUGCCAUAAUUUAGAGGUUCUUUGUACUGGAUCAUACUGUAUUUCAGUGAUGAACCCUUAAUGUCAACAUGUAAAUAGUUUUUUGUUUUUUUUUUAACUUUCGCAAUUGUCCCAUUUUAACACUCAGUCAUGCCAAAACACACAAUAUUGGAAAGAUGUUUUGUCAUUUCAAGAUAACAGGAAUACGAUUCAUUGAAUUACGGCACUUUGCACUGACAGUAGGUUUCUACUGUGUAGACUUGUUGAUACAACUAUCCCCACUUCACGUCACAUUAAAUGUGUUAAUGUUUUUAAAAAGAAAAGCUUGACAUUUGGUUUUGCCCAGUUUUCCACCUAGAAGAUUUAAUAGCACUUCAUCUUAGCUUUAACAUUGCAUCCUACGUUUGCAGCAGAAUGUUUGCAUGACUCAGCCAAGCACAAGAAGAAAUCAGCUUGAGGCACAUCUCAUCUCCAGGCACAAAGUGGGGGAGAUAUACUACAUGUGUGGGAUUUUGUAUUCAGGGAACAAAACUCAUAAAGACAGGGAUGGACCAGGUGGUCCCAUGGUGCGAUCUGUGAAUAAUACCCAUAAAAUGUAGACGUAUGUCAAAACCAAUCCUGUAAUGAAGUCCGACCUUGUAAACCUAAUCAGCAAAAAGAGGGGUUACCGACGAACAGUGUCCAUCUACCAUCUACCUGCUUCGCUGGGAAGUUUAUGAGGGCUUCCUCUGGUUUCCGCUCUUACACACUAUGCAAUCCCAAUGACAGUGCAAUUAGUUAAUUUCAAAGCUUGCACAGUCUGGUGAAAUAAACAUGAUGCUUAUACAUUUUUGUAAUAACUGAGACAGAGGACUGAUGAAAUUUAACCUGUAGUGUACUUAAGACUGUAUUAAUCUCUCUUGAGUUGUUCUAUCAAUAUUUUGUGUAUGCACUCUUGGUAUGUUGUAUAUUAAUUAUUUGGUGAACUGCUCUAUGAGGGUGUGAUCCACUGAUGAAUCUUUAAUGUUUUAACUCAUAUAGUUAUAAAAUCAUGGUGGUACACCCCUUCCCAUUUUUCUCAUUUAUUUUCUAUUUUUGGUUUGUUGUACUUUGUUUUAUACUUUAUGUAAAAGUAAUAAGAAUAAACAAAAGCAUUUAAUCAU